CUUUCCAGCAGGUCCUCUGUGGCAUAGCUCAAGUGUUCACGCGGGCGUUUGGUUUAUCCUCUCGUUGGAGCCUCUCUGAAUCGUAUUGCAACUCUUCCCUCACUUCUUUUUUCAGUUUGUCGACCUCUUUUCCUCAUCACUGCCGCUAUGACGCGUCGCAACACCUCGGAGAUCAAGGCGUGUCCUGAUUCCUGAGAGUUCGUGUGUUUUCUGAACCAAGAAAUAAAGGAGAAGCGCUCGAGGAGUGAAGAUGAUCUGAGCGCGCGCGCCACGGACGCGACCUUCAGACACGACUCUCGAACAUGAAGGACCGCACACAAGAGCUCAAGCAUGAAACGCAUAAACUCAUCCCCUGCUAACCCACACGAACCGGUCCUGAUGGGAGAAGGAAUCAGCCGCUGCUGUCAGACACUGAUGCUACGCUCUCAUUUCUGAAUCUGAAUCAGAAAGAGCGCUUGCGCAUGCAAGAAAUUAGUUUUAGAGUCACGAGCUUCCAGUACACACAGACAAUAAAUAACUUCUGAAGACGGAUUCUGAUCUCUGUCAAUACUAAGAGUGUGUGAUAGGGACAAAGAUAGAGAAGUUUAAAAGACAGAAGCUGCAUUUAAAUCAGCAUUUAGCUUGUGCAAUGCUUUUAAAAUGACUUAAAUAAAGCUAUUAGAUGAUUGUUGCAACAUCACAGGAAUAAUCCAAAGAGCGAGUGAGGGUCAGACGAUCAGCAAACAGUAUCCAAAACGGCAAAGAGAGAGCAAAAAUACAAACACGGGCAAAGGGGAAAGAGCCAGAAGAGGUGAACGAGGUGGCUGUCAGCAUUGAAAAAGGUUUCAUGGAUGAGUUCUUUGAGCAGGUAGAGGAGACCCAAGGGUUCAUUGACUCUCUGGCAGAGAAAGUAGAAGAAGUGAAAAUAAACCACAGUGCCAUCCUGGCCUCUCCAAACCCAGACGAGAAAACAAAAGCGGAUUUGGAGGAGCUGAUGACAGACAUCAAGAAGUUGGCUAUUAAAGAGCGCUCCCAGUUAAAAAAUAUACAGCAGACCAUAGAGCAGGAAGAGGCUUUAAACCGUCCAAACAGACCCUCGGCUCAUCUGAGGAUACGGAAAACACAGUACUCCACCCUGUCACGGAAAUUUGUGGAGGUGAUGACAGAAUAUAAUGCAACGCAGUCAGAUUACAGGGAGCGCUGUAAAGGACGGAUACAGAGACAGCUGGAGAUCACGGGAAGAAAUACAACAAAUGAGGAGCUGGAGACCAUGUUAGAAAGUAACAACCCUUCUAUCUUCACUUCAGGGAUGAUCAUGGAGUGCACCAUCAGUGAACAGGCCAUGAAUGAGAUUGAGACGCGACACAAUGAAAUCAUCAAACUGGAGAACAGCAUCCGUGAGCUGCAUGAUAUGUUCGUGGACAUGGCCAUCCUGGUGGAGAGCCAGGGAGAGUUAAUAAACAAUAUAGAGAAGAAUGUCUGCAGUGCUCAGGAAUACGUGGAAAAGGCCAAAGAGGAAACCAAAGCAGCUAUCAAAGUCCAGAAGACUAGCAGGACGAAGUUGAUCCUGAUAGGCGGUUGUGUGUCCGUCUGUCUUCUCAUCCUCAUCAUCUCUCUAGCCAUUGGAUUGAGCUAACCAAGACACUCUGUUUCAGACAGACAGGAACUCGGGACUAUCUGUUUGCAUGCUGUAGAAUUUGUGUUGUAGCCGACAGAUUCAGUACAUUUUUUUAAAAAAAACAAAAAGUCGCAGACUUCAUAUGCUGGGAUUUUAUAUACUGUUGGAGACUCAGAAGAGUAGACAUCAGUUCUUUAUUGAGAACUGCGUGGCACUGCAGUCAUCAAAAGUCUUUAGCAGUGAUGCAUUGAAUGUUAUAGGCAUUCAGUGGGCAGUCCUUAAAGGUGUUCACCUCACACAGCCUCAGAAGUGACCGCUUAAACAAAAAAACGUCGUUAUGUUCUAUAUGCUAUUCAAAUGUCAUUCCAGGUCCAGUUUCUUUUUACAUUAAAUUGCUUUUUUGCCCACAGACACACAGGACAAUGAAAAAGGCUGAAACGGUUUAAAGAGGUCAUAUGAUGCAAUUUCAAAGUUUGCAUUUCUCUGUGGGGUGUUACAAGCUGUUAGUGACCACGCCUUCCUAAAAUGGCUCGCUUAAACACGCCCCCACUAUUCUAUAUGUGGGAGCGAUAACUCCGCCCCAGUGUUUACGCAAAAAAGAAGGCGGAGCUAUUAUUCUGUGUGUAGUGUUGCCGCGGGUGCCAUGUUCUGGAGACGCUGUGUUUCAUUAUGAAAGUGAAACUACUUAGUUUGUGCUUCCAAAAUAGGAUGCAUCUAGAAAUCAGUGUUAAGUUGUGUUUACACAGAUAUUCGAGUGUGUUCAGCACAUUCACGGAGGACUGAUUCCUGAACCUGACAGCAGUCUAUAGACUUUAAGAGAGUGAUUCUAACUCUACAAGAACAGUCUGCUGCUUCUGACUCACAACCUUUUAAGUAAGUUACGUAUUUUUUUAAUUAAAAGAAUGUGCUACUCAUGCACAAGUUAUGCGCGGUAUAGAGUAGUACUUGUUUGCCAUUUCUCAGAUCACAAAUCCAGACAUAGUCAUGUUUAUGCAAAGUUUAAAAAGACAGUACAUUCAUAUCGGUAUUAUAAUCAGUAGUUAUGUCUCGACUGGAUGCAACAAAUGCAUCAUUUGAAAUGGAUUUUAUUGUUUUCGUGUCAGAGUCCUGAGACACAGCAUCACGUUACAAGGGGCGUAACAUUUCCGUUACACGCUUAACGUAUUUGGCCAAUCACAACGUACUCAAUAGCUGGUCAGUCAGAGCACACCUUGUAAAAAAUGUAUGCAUUUCAGGAAGGCAGGGCAUAGAGGAGAAACAAUAAUGUACUAAACGUGGACAGUAAUGUUUUUUUUGUACUGCAUGACACAAAAUGUUCUGUUUAGAAACAUCAUAUGACCUCUUUAAAGCUACUAUUGUCCCAUUUUUGCCUUCUCAACCUCUUAAAAUGCACAUAUGUAGAUCAGGGGAAUCUAAACUUUUUCCAGGGCAUGUGUUUGCCAAGGCCCUCAUGAACACUCAGCUUUCAGACCACAGUAUUUCCAACUUCAAUGCAGAACCGUCCAGGCAAAGGUGAAUCUGACUUUGAUUACAUGCAUAUGGUUGUCAUUUAGUUAUACAUGGCACUAAUAUAAAAUCCAUUUCUUGCUCCAUACAUCUGAGGUUGAAUAUUUUCAAACCAUGCUAACAAACCAUGCAUCAGUGGAAAGCAUACUCAGAGAAAAAAUCAUAUAUUUUACGACUGAGAGACAUUCGCUUCAUUGCUAAAGAAAACCGAUGUUCUGACUUUCAUGUUGAAUCAUCAAACCUGAGGUCACACAGUGUGAUCUAGCUUUUAUUUCGGCUAUUUUUUUUACUCUGAACAAAGCAAAGUGCCUCGUGUGUCAUUGUGAAGCUCUUUGAAGCAAACGGAUUCUCUUAUUUUGAAAUCUGUGAUGACUGACAAAAAGCAAUGCUUUAAUAAAGAAAGAUGUUUUGACGCUAAGUUGGAGCAGACUGCUUUCUGUAAAGGGUGUCAAGCUGUAAUAAAGUAGAGGAAUAAUAUUAAAAA